CGGCACCAUGAACGAAGAGGCACUGGAGCGGUUAUGUCGCCUGGCACCCGCGCUCAAGCAGUCGGCACACCCUCUACACUACCACCACAACCUUUCCCUCGACACACACACACUGAGGGAGAUGCAAGAGGCCUUCAGCUUGAUAUUAGAGAUGGAACAGCACACAAACUUCCACGUCUUGCCGCCCAACCACCGCCAGCACCCGGCCAUCCCACACCUGCAGAUGCUGUAUGAUUUGCUGCAGAAGGUGGCCGGCCUCAGACUUUGGUGUUUGCAAGACCACCACCACCACCACCACCACCAGCAGGACACUCUGGUCAGCUUGCGGUGUUUUCGAAGUCUCCGAACCCUAGAGCUGUCGGGCGUCCCUGUGGCCAGACUGAGGGCACUCCAGGCUCUGAGGUCACAGCUAAGACGCGUGGUGGUGACCCAUGGACUGACCUUGCUUUCUGACCUUUUUGUGCUGUGUGGGGCUGACCAGGCCGGGGAGUAUGUGUGGGAGCAGCUGGUGGAGGCAAUCCUGGCUCACAACACACUGCAGGGAGGCAAGCUGGACGAUUCCCUGAGACUGCUACCUAAUCUCAAGGUUCUGGACAUUAGCCACUGUGGUCUGAGUGAUGCCUCCAGCCUGCGUCACCUGCCAGCGCUGUGUUACCUUGAUAUAAGCCACAACAGCCUCACAGCCUUGCCACAGCUCACCCCUACCUCCACCCCUUCCCUGGUGGUGCUGUUGGCCUCACAUAAUGCUAUACACUCACUCAUAGGCCUGCAAACAAUGACAGGGCUAGAGGAGGUCAACGUGGGUCACAACAUGAUAGUGACCCGUUCUGGCCUGGCGACGUUGGCAGCCCUGCCGAGACUCAGGUCACUGGGGGUCGCUGGCAACCCUGUGUGCUGCGACCCGGGUCACCGCAGCGCUGUGCUCCGCCUGCUGCACCCCGCCACAGCACGAGAGCAAUUCCUCCUAGACGCACACUGCUUGACCCCAGCUGAACAAAACUUAAUAGGCAGCGUCCCCUCCCCCCCCAACAUCUUCGACACCCCCGCAGUCCGCCGUUACUCCUACACCUCCCCCUCCCUCAUCAUCCCCCCCCCUCUAGACCCCCCAUGGAUGCAGCAGGGAGGAGCCACGAACGCACAAUCUUCUCUGGCAAAAUCUCGAGAAGCAGUGGCCAGAAAUGAGAGUGCUCCAAGGAAGAGAGGAAGGAAGAAGAAGACCACAAGACACAUAGCACUGGAGGGAGGAGGAGGAGGAGGAGGAAGAAGGAGGGGAGAGUGGCCCCCCCUCCCUCUCACAUCCCUCCUCAUACCUCUACAUUCCCCCCACCCCCCCUACCUCUCUGCUGCAAGGCGGGGGGCACCUCUCCCUAGCAGACAGCACCCCAGCCCCCCCUCCUCCCUCUUUGGUGGUGGGUGGCCCCCUCUCAGCCCCCCAUGGCACCCUGAGGGAGGCACUGGCUGUCUUGACUCCCCAACACACUGUCAGAGCACAACAGGAUCAGGAUCACAGCGACAAGUUACUAGAAGAGAUACUGCAAGCGAAGCCUACCCCCCCACCCCAGGCCAGCACCCUCCCACCUCCUCUUCCCCCAGCAGCUGAUGAUGAUGGGAAGGAAGAAGAGAGAGGAGGAGGAAGAGGAGGAGGAGGAGGAG